AUGGUGGGAAAAGGAGGCACGCAAAGCGGCAAGUCGCUUACAAGUCCCGAUCGUCUUCAUAAGAUUGAUCAGCUAAGGGAGAAGAAUGUUGGGACGCACAUGCCUCUGCCACAACUUGUGGUCGUAGGUGAUCAAAGUUCCGGCAAGUCUUCUCUUUUAGAAAGUCUAACUGGGAUCCCUUUCCCGAAUGGUCAAGGUCUGUGUACGCGAUAUGCAACGCAGAUUACGCACCGUCGCGAUAAUGUGGAGGAUAUCACCAUACGUAUCAUUCCUGGUCCUGACUCUACUGAUGAAGACGUGGCUCGCUUGUCGGGUUAUCAUCGCAGCGUGAAAAACACUGAUGAAUUGCUUGUUCAGUUCGAGUCAAUUUUGAUCGAGAUUAAUGCCGCCAUGGGGAUCAAGACCAAGUUGAACUCGGGGGGCAAGAAGACUUUCAGCCAGGAUGUGUUGAAGAUCGAAAAAUGUGGCCCCACGGAGGAUUAUCUGACCGUCAUCGAUGUUCCUGGAAUAUUUCGUAACACUGAAGAAGGCGUUACAACCGAGAGGGACAAGUCGCUUGUUCUUGACAUGGUCAAGGGCUACAUUGAGCAAGAAAGGACCAUCAUUCUCGCCGUUCUCCCAAGCACUGUUGACAUUAUGACGCAAGAAAUCCUCAACUUGUCCGAGAAAUAUGACAAAUCUGGAGAGCGAACGUUGGGUGUGCUCACCAAGCCUGACUUGCUGACUGAACGCAGCACUAAAUCUGUGAUCUGCGACUUGGUCAAUGGAAAGAAAAGGCCACUGAACCUGGGUUAUUAUGUCGUGAGAAACCGGGGUGCAGACGAGGACAGCCAGGAUGGCUUACUUUCCCAACGAAGGGAGGACAUGUUCAAGGAAGAGCCUUGGUGUCAUCUUCCGCCUGAGCGAGUUGGGAUAGUUGCGCUGCGGGCACGUUUGCAAGAGCUUUUGGGUCAAAUCACUGACCGAGCUUUUCCCAAGCUUCGGACUGAGGCCAAAAAGUUGCUCGCCGAUUGCAACAAGUCACUUGAAGCCCUCGGGUACUCUAGACAAACGGAGCGUGAGCAGCAGCAAUACCUUUGUGAAAUUGCCGCUCAGUUUCAAAGAACUGUACGCGAUGCUCUAGAGGCCAACUAUUCGUCUCAAAGUGUGUUUGAAAACAAGGAAUUACGUCUCAUAACACAGAUCAUCAACAUUACAGACGAGUUCAACACCGAUUUCACAAACACUUCCCACUCCCGCUGUUUUCAGAAUGAGGAUGAGGAUGAGGAUGAUGAGGAUGAGUCAGCCGAGGAGGCGACGGAGCACGAGGAGCAUCCUAACCAGGACCUUGAUCCCUCAAAAUUCCCCGAGCUGGAUGAUUUGAUCGAUGUUGAUUGGGCUCCUACACCUCCUGAGGGGGACAUAUUGAAAUGGAUCAAGCGCACAUACCAGGGAUCUCGUGGCGUCGAGCUCGGCACAUUUGGCCCUGGUCUUCUCUCGAGUGCAUUUCGAGAGCAGUCUACAAAUUGGGGCCCAUUGACCAAAGCUUAUCUUGGCAAAGUCAUUCUUGUCGUCCAUCGCUUCAUUCUACGAGUUCUUGGACUGAGUUGCUCAGACACAAAGGUUCUUGAAGAGAUCAAGUCUCUUAUCACGUCUGAGCUUCUGGACCGAUACCAAGCUGGGAUGGAGCAGGCGAUGCUCCUUGUGAGCCUUGAGAGGGAUAGGAAGCCCUACACGCUGAACAGCGCGUUCAAUACUGAGCUUCAUGGAUCUCGCAGCCAGCGCGUUUUCGAUCCGCUUAAGAAUAAAGCCAAAAUUCCUUACAACCAUAACAUCAAAUAUGUGGCUCUCGACGACAUCGAGACCGUUGUAACAAAUAAAUCGAAUUUGCAGAACGCCCACGAAGACAUACACGAUAUCUUAGAGUCAUACUACAAAGUUGCUCGAGAACGAUUCGUUGACAAUGUUUACCGUCAAGCGAUCGACUAUUGCUUGUUGACUGGGCCGAUGAGCCCGCUGCUGCUCUUUACGGAGAAAUGGGUUCUCAGUUUUGACGAGGAGAAACUCAACUGCGUCGCAGGAGAGUCCCUCUUGGUCCGAGAGAAGCGAGAACAGCUGACGAAGAAGAUCCAGGAUCUCAAGAGUGCCUUGAAAAUCCUCCGCUAA